AAAAUAAAAUCUUGAAAAUCUUCAACAGAAUGGCAACUUUGCAAUUUUUGCUUAUUUUUAUUUUGAUGGCUAUGCAACUUUUCACAUCCAACGCAUAUGAAAGUCAUUUCCAUGAACUUGAGAAUGGUGAAAAAGUUCACAAAACUCGACGAAAUGCUCCGUCAGCCGAAGCAGAAGAUCUAAAUCGUGAACCUCAAACAAACUGCCAAUCUAGUCGAACAAUGAGUGGCUCAUCUAAACAAAAAGCUUCAAGUAUUGCCCUCAAAGCUGCUCAAGAAGCAAAAGCAGCUUCAAAUGCUCAAACUGCUGCCGGCCAACAAGCUGCACAUCAGGUAAAAGCUCAAUUGGCUGAGAAGGCUUUACAAGCUGCAAGAGCUGCUGAAGCAGCUUUAGCUGGUAAACAGGGUAUUGUCGAACAAUUGGAAAAAGAAGUUCGAGAAGCUGAAGCAGUUGUUCAAGAAGAAACUGCUUCAUUGCAAAAUACACAAAAUAAUGUUAAUGCUGCAAUGCAAGCUGCACAACAAGCAACUACACAAUUGAGAACAUUGACACAAGCUGUUCAGACGGCACAAGCAAAUGUUGGUAAUUCAGAACAAGCUGCUCAAGGAGCACAACAAGAAUUAUCGGAAAAAACUCAAUUACUUGAGGCUGCAAAGAAUCGAGUAGAGCAACUUUUGAGGCAAUUGAGUGAAGCUCGGACUGAUUUUGCUAGUACAAAACAAGCUGCUUAUAAGGCAUCCGCAUCGGCACAUGAGGCAAAAAUCAAUGCUGCAAGAAAUCGACGUAGAGCAGCUAUACGUCGAAGGAGGACUCUUAGAGAAAAUGGUGUUCAAAUGAGAAAUUGAAUUGAUUUUUAUUUUUAUUUUAGAGAGUUUUUAUUGAAAUAAAAUAUAUUUUAUUCGUUUUAA